CUUCGAAUCGUAAUUUUGAUUUCGGUUCGGGUUAUAACAAAACCCCAAAGUAUUAAAUUCAUAAAUUCCGUUCGUUCGGAUAUUUUGUACGAUUAGGAUUAGGUUUUGGUUUUUCCAGUUAGGGUUAGAGUAAAAAAGCCUAGGCCUGUAGUAUAGUUUCGGGGAAAGUGCAUCGUCAGAUAAAUAAAUUCCUUCCUUCCUUCAGUCGCUGGAUUUCUUCACCGACCAACCAUAACCAUCAAAGGCGAAUUGGAAAGUGUGACUAGGUUAAUGGAUCGAGAUGUUAGUACGACAUCUAAUUAUUCUGGAGAAGAAAGCUCUGGGACGGCAAAGAGGGAGGAGGACUUUGAGAGCUUUGGAAAAGAAAUCUAUGUGGAUUUUAAGAGAAGUGGCGAGGGUGUUCUUGCUGUAGCUUCUACCACCUAUUCCUUGAACGAAUUGGUCGAGUUCUUGGAAUCCCCGACGGUGAAGAUUCCUGUUGGAGCUCUAGACUUAGGAACGAUCACCCCUGUGGAGAUCUGGAAGGCCUUUGAACUGAGUGACUGGAAACGCCACUUCUCCACUGUCUUGGCCUUUGAUGUGGACGUUACUCCUGAGGCAAUUAAACUUGCGGAACAGUUGCACGUCAAAGUCAUCUGUGGUGGUAUGCUUGAAAGCCUGCACGACCAGUUCAAAGAGCAUAUCGAAGAGCUGGGAGAGGAUCCUAAAAUGGAGGAUGAAGCAAUCUUCCCAGGCAUCCUCAGCAUCUUACCCAACGCUGUGUUCAGCAAGGAAGACCCUAUUGUCCUCGGUGUCUUAGUUGUUGAGGGUUUCAUUAAGGUAGGAGUUCCCAUAUCCUAUGUCCGAACUGCUGGUUGUCUGGAUUUAGGACAUAUUGCAUGGAUUGAGAAACACCGCCAACCCGUCGAUGUUGCUAGUCUAGGCGAUACCGUCAUUAUCAAGAUUGUUGCAUCAAACCCGGAAGAAAAGAGACAAGCACUUAGCUUUGGAAGCCAUUAUGACACUAGUGAUGAUAUCCUUGUCGCUCGUAUUUCUAGGGGAUCUAUCUUUGCCCUCCGAGAUCAUCACAAGGAUAAACUAUCCUUCAGCGACGUGAAAGUGCUUUCUGAUCUCAAACGCGUUCUCAAUAUCAAGUAAUAUAUGUAUGUCUGAUGUUGGUCUUUCGUUUGUCAACAACAUCCAACUUUCCAUUUAAAAUCUGAACGACCUGGCCGCUCUUAGUUAUCAGAUCUUUUUAUAUAGGUAUAUGUAUUUUAUGAAAUCCUCCUAUUUUACUUGUCGCAUCUUUUAUAUGCUGAAAGUAAAUGGUUGAAUAUAAUAACAGUAGACCACGCAAUAAGGGGACUCA